AUGCACGUAACAAAGUUGUUGUCUCUUGCGGUUUUGCUCUUGACCGGGGAAAGCCUUGCCUCUCAAUGCAAGAACCCUCCUCAGCGCAAGGAAUGGAGACAACUGUCCAAGUCUGAACGUGCGGAUUAUCUCAAUGCUGUGACUUGCUUGGCCCACAAGCCCGACGUCACUGGGGGCCUGCAGAAUGCAACCAACCUCUACCAGAGUUUCGAGGCAACUCAUUCGGAGCAAACCCCUUCUAUUCACUGGGUGGGCCAUUUCGCUCUUUGGCAUCGGUACUUUACCGCCACCUAUGAACGGUACUUGAGAGAGGCCUGUGGGUACAAGGGUGCCCAGCCUUACUGGAACUGGGCGCUCGAUGCAUCCGCUACGGACAACUCGUCCAUGGCCAUCUUUGAGACGGAAAUUUUUGAUAGCGACUAUGGGUUCGGAGGUAAUGGAAAGCCAUUCCUCCCUGCCACUGCUGCCGAAAACCCCUUCAAUCUCACUGGCCGUACCGGUGGUGGAUGUGUCCAAGACGGGCCUUUCCGCGAGGGUAAAUUCUUCCUCAAUGUGGGACAACCGAAAGGGGAGUCGGAUUGUUUGCGCCGUGACUGGAUCCCCUGGAUCAUGAACUACUUUGCGCGCCAGAGCAUCAUUGAUCAUGUCGAGAGCCAGCCGGACUACACCUCGUUUGCCCGGGCCCUUGAGAACAUUCCUAGCUUCACUCAGCCCAACAUUCAUGGCAGUGGCCACUUUGGCGUUGGAGGUGUUCUAGGCACACUCGGAAACUCCGCUCACAGCCCCGGUGAUCCCCUCUUCUAUAUGCACCACUGCAAUCUUGAUCGCGUUCUGUGGAACUGGCAGCAGAAGGAUCUCCCGCUUCGUCUUCAUCAGGUUGGCGGUCCGAUCGUGCCACUUGACUACAGCGGGCAGAACGUCACCCUGGACUUCGAGAUCAACAUUGGAAAACUCGCCGGAAAUGCCACACUGGAGCAGCUGCUUAACACGCAGGGGGAUGUUCUCUGCUAUGACUACUUCUCCCCGCAACUCGCUGCCCCACAAGACGGUGGCAUUCACGGCAAGCCUGGCUGCGGAUGCGACGAUAAAUAG